CUGGCUUUCAGUAUUACAUCUGUGUUUACUUUACAGCACUGCUUGUUUCCAGCAUGAGUAAACAUGUGUUUACCAUUGUCGAGAAGGACACAACGCCGUCUGAUGACCAAAAGCUUGGAACAAGCGGUUUGAGAAAAGCCACCAAGAUUUUUCAGCAACCUGGUUACUCAGAGAGAUUCAUUCAGUCCAUCUUAACUGCUGGCCUUGGAGACGCAUUAUCUGGCGAUCAACCCGUUCGCCUGGUUACUGGUGGAGAUGGGCGCUAUUUCUCACGUGACUGCCUGAAGCGUAUCAUCUUACCAAUUUGUGCAGCGAAUGGAGUCUCCGAAGUUCUGGUUGGGCAGGACAGUAUCCUAUCCACUCCGGCGGCAUCUUGUGUGAUCCGCAAAUACAACCUCAACGGCGGCAUCCUUCUCACUGCCAGUCACAAUCCUGGUGGCCCGAACGCAGACUUUGGUAUCAAGUUCAACUGUGAAAACGGUGGCCCAUCUCCGGAGAAAGUUACCAACACCAUUUAUGAAACGAGCAAAACCAUCAAUCGAUAUAAAACUCUUUCCGAUCCACUUGACUUUGAUCUGAGUGUGAUCGGGUCCACUGAAUUUCACUUGAGCAACGAUACAACGUUCCGCGUCAAUGUGAUAAGCAGUGUGCGUGAUUAUGCACAACACAUUCGUGCACUAUUCGACUUUGAUGCAAUAAAAGCCCUCUUUUCUGACGAAUCUGGACGCAAGCCUCUAAAACUACGUAUCAGCGGCCUUCACGGAGUCACGGGGCCUUACAUCAGACAUCUUUUGUGUGAGCAACUAGGUAUGCCAACCGAGUAUGCAAUUAAGUCCACUCCGUUGGAAGACUUUGGUGGUGGACAUCCGGAUCCCAACCUAACUUACGCUGCCGACCUAGUCCAGGAUGUGAUUGACGACCCGUCAAUCGAUCUUGCUGCUGCAUUCGAUGGAGAUGGGGACAGGAACAUGAUUAUCGGUCGCAUGGGGUUCUUCGUAUCACCGUGCGAUUCGCUGUCGGUGAUCGCAGACAACGCCACUCUGAUCAAGUACUUCCACGAGACCGGAAUGCACGGAUGUGCUCGCAGCAUGCCAACGAGCCGUGCGGUCGAUCUUGUAUGCAAAUCGAAGAAUAUACCGUUUUUUGAAGUCCCGACCGGCUGGAAGUUCUUCGGUAAUCUCAUGGACGCGCACAUGUGUUCUUUGUGCGGCGAGGAAAGUUUUGGCACCGGUUCGGAUCACAUCCGUGAGAAGGAUGGACUGUGGGCUCUGUUCGCUUGGCUUUCCAUCUUGGCCUCCCGUAGCAAGGCUGGCCUUCCCGUCGAUGUGGAAAGCGUAGUGCGGGAACAUUGGGUCAAAUAUGGUCGAUACUUUUUCACUCGUUAUGACUACGAGAAUUGCGAUGCUGCUCAUGGAGUUGCUAUAAUGGACCGUUUGUAUACGCUUCUUAAACAAGGAGUCAAAGGGAAAGUUUACGACACAUCCAAAGGGACACAGUUCACCGGAGAAUAUUGUGACAACUUUUCUUACGUGGAUCCGGUUGAUGGCUCAGAGACUAAAAACCAAGGCGUCCGCAUCGGAUUUACGGAUGGGACGCGCUUCGUAUUUCGUUUGAGUGGCACGGGCAGUAGCGGGGCCACAUUGCGCGUUUACAUAGACACCUUUGAACCGGAUCCAGCGAAACACGUCGUCCCAUCUCAGAUCUACCUGGAAGCACAUAUUGAGUUGGCAAUAAAAUUGUGCGGUGUGAAGGAGAUUACAGGUCGCUCGGCCCCUACAGUAAUCACGUGAACAGUGCCUACUCCUUGUGUUACACUUCGUCACCAUUUUAGACUCAGUCGCAUCCCUUGCCUCCGCUGCUGGCCGGCUUUUUAGCUAGUGCUGUUGAUCUCGUGCGGAACUACUGUUCUGCCUUAAUUUUAGUUGAUUUUAUUUUUGCUCCUUCACUUUUGUCUUUACUUUUACUUUGACAAUCAUUUUAUCUCCACACAAUUGUUCAUGCUUCUUCAACCUUCGGUUUUGUGACGCAGUGAUCAAUUGUACACCCGAAGAAAUGAAGUAUGUUCUCCUUCA